AUGGCUUGUGUUCUGGUGCCGCAUCUUGUCGAAAUGAAUCCUGUCAAGAAAGCUGGGGAACCGUCAGCAUAUUAUGACGACGAAGUAUCUGUAGAAGUCUCGAAUGCAAGCACAACUGUCGGGAAGACUAAUUCAACAACGGAGGGCAAGGAAGAGAAGAAUGUGGUGAAAGUGACAGAAGGAAAGAAUGUGAAUAAGACAAAGGAAGAGACAGAUAAGAAGGUGACAGAAGAGAAGGUUGAGACAAAGUCGAAAGAACAGCAGGAUGUAAAGAAGGAGAAGAAUGAAAAGAAUGUCACAGAAGAAAAAGGCGAGAAUAAGGUUAAGAAAGAGGAGGGCGAGAAGAAGCCGGUAGAGGAGCAAGAUGUGAAGAAGGAGAAGACGGAAGAGAAGAGUGAGAAGAAGGUUACAGAAGAGAAGGGCGAAAAGAAAGGUGAAGAAGGGAAGAAGGUAAAGAAGGCGGAUAAAGGGAAGGAUGUGAAGAAGAGUAAAGUAGAGAAGGGUGAAAAGAAGACGAAAGUAAAGAAGUCUGAGAAGAAAAUGAAGGCAAAGAAGGACGGGAAGGAGGCUAAAGAAGAGAAAAAAGGAAAGGAAGAGGAGGACGAGGAGAAAGAAAAAGAGAAGAAGGUUGAGAAGAAGAUGAAGGGAAAGAAGGACAAAAGAAAGCUGAAGAAACAGAAGGGAAAGAGUGAAAAGGAUGAGGAUGGUAAGGAAGAGAAGGAAGAAGAUGAAGAUGACGAGGAUGAUGACGAUAAGGACGAAAAGGAGGAGAAGGAUUAG